AUGACUGAAGGCACCCAUACUGAAAGUAUACUGAGCGCUCGCAUACUGACGGUUUCGGUAUACGUGUCGGUUCUAACGCUCGGCGCAAUAGCUGUGGAACGCUACUUUGCCAUCUGCCACCCGCUCAGCCGCAGCCUCACCGCCUCUAAAGUCUCCCUAUUCAUCGUUGUGAUCUGGAUCGUCUAUGUCAUAGUGGCCCUCCCAGAACUGUUAUAUCAAAAGCUCCAUCGCGGGUAUCCUGAGUACAUCACAGACUAUCCACAAUACUGUCCACAGAUUCUGACCAAACAGAAGCAAAAACUUUAUCAGAUCAGUUUGAUGAUCGGGCUGUUUGACAUCCCCAUUCGUCUUACGUUCUACGCGUACACAACAAUUGCAAUCAUAUUAUGGAAGGAUGGAAUGUCCGAAAACGUCAAUAAUCGUCUCAAUGCAAGAGUCACAGAAUUUGAUCUUGGUCCAGACACGCACGUGACCAGUAUCGGAAAAUGCGUGGUGACAGAUCUUGAAGAGCUAGCCCUUAGACUGAAGAAAGGUGGCAAAAGGAGACAGGAUGAAACACCACAGAGGCGAAAACUCAGACCACACGCCUAG